GGCCCUUCUCCUGUUUAGCCUCGGCGGACACCGGGCUGGUGAUGUGAGACCGGGCGUCGGCGGCAGCGGCGGUGGCUGGGACCAUGGCCCAGGUUCCCUCUCAGGAGAAAUCUAAGCUUGUCAGCGAGACCCGGAGGAGGUUUGAAGCCGAGUAUUUGGCAGAUAAGUCAGAUAAAUAUGAUUCACGAGAUGUGGAAAAACUACAGCAGGAUGAUACUUGGGUUGAAAGUUUUUUGUGUUGGCGGCAUGAUGUGGUAGAUGAAACACUGAAGAUGAUUGAUGAAAGUUUGCAGUGGAGGAAAGAAUUUGCUGUCAAUGACCUGAGUGAAUCCACUCUUCCCAAAUGGCUAUUUGAGGUUGGUGCUGUAUAUCUACAUGGGUAUGACAAAGAGGGCAACAAAUUAUUCUGGUUCAGAGUCAAGUUUCAUACAAAAGACAAUAAAACAAUUUUGGACAAAAAGAAGCUUGUAGCCUUCUGGCUAGAACGUUAUGCCAAAAGAGAGAAUGGAAAGCCCUUAACAGUGAUGUUUGACAUGUCAGAAACUGGACUGAGUAACAUAGACAUGGAUAUUGUUCGGUUCAUCAUCAACUGCUUUAAAGUUUAUUAUCCUAAAUACCUCACAAAAAUUGUUGUCUUUGAUAUGCCAUGGAUAAUGAAUGCUGCUUUUAAAAUUGUGAAAGGCUGGCUUGGUCCAGAAGCAGUGAACAUGUUGAAGUUUACUGGUAAAAAUGAAGUGCAGGAGUACGUCAGCAUAGAAUACUUGCCCCCACACAUGGGUGGAACUGAUCCUUUCAAAUAUAGUUAUCCGCCACUAGUGGAUGAUGAUUUUCAAACCCCUUUGUGUGAAAAUGGACCUAUUACCAGUGAAGAUGAAACUGAAAGUAAAGAAGAUAUAGAAACAGAUAAUAAAGAAACCGGGGAAGCAAACUCCAGUGAAGAACAAGUUGUCAUUCCCAGAAAGAUUAACCCAGUAGAACAAACUUCCAAAAUAGAAGAGUCUGAUAAAGUGGAUUCCAAGAUAAAAACUUUAAAGAAAUCAUUGAGCAUGUUUAAAGGAGUCCUAUUGCACAUCAGCCCCGCUGAAGAACUUUAUUUUGGAUCCAAAGAAUUUGGAGAGAAGAAGUGCUUAAUAGUACUCACAAAUGUAACAAAAAACGUAGUUGCAUUUAAGGUAAGAACAACGGCUCCAGACAAAUACAGAGUUAAGCCAAGUAACAGUUGCUGUGACCCUGGUUCAUCAUUAGAUAUAGUGGUGUCUCUUCAUGGGGGUUUCACAAUUUCCCCUCAAGAUCGUUUUCUAAUAAUGGCUGCAGAAAUGGAACAGCCUUGUGGUACAGGGGCAGCAGAACUGGCACAGUUCUGGAAGGAUAUACCCAGAAGCAAAAUAAUGGAGCAUAGGUUAAGAUGCCAAGUUGAUAGCAGUAAACCAUCUUCUCUUACAUUAAAAGAAAAUUCUUUUAACAUUCAAUCCAAAAGCAAUGAGGAUAUACAUUUACAAGUAAGUUUUAUUUCUUUCUAAAUUAAAUACCAAGAU